AUGAGCCGUAGAACAAGAAUGGCGUCAUACGUUUGUGGCGUAGGAAUGACUAGAUUUAGUCGUCCUUUCACUAGGAAAUGGGAUUACCCCGAUAUUGGAGCUGAAGCAGCACGAAAAGCACUCGCAGAUGCCCGGAUUGACUAUAGUCAAGUGGAAGCUGUUGUUGCAAGCUACUCUUUUGGUGACACCACAAGCGGUCAGAAGGCAGUCUACAAGCUCGGCUUGACCGGAGUCCCCAUUUUCAAUGUGAAUAAUGCUUGUUCGUCGGGGUCCUCUGCUCUGUUCAUGGCACGGAUGUUGGUGCAGAGCGGGUACAAGUGUGUCUUAGCCGUCGGCUUUGAGAAAAGUGAGCAAGGACUUUCAGCGAGGUACACGGAGAACGUAUCGCCGUACGGAUUGCAUACAGAUCACCUCGUGAAGUUAGGAGCAAGUCCUGAGCUUGUGUCACCAAAUAUGAAUUCAUUCACCUCAGACGUUUUUAAGAUGUUUGCGUAUGCAGCUCGAGAAUAUGAGACGAAAACUCCUGACAUGACAUCUGGGAACAUCUUGGCAAAGAUUGCCCUGAAGAACAGGCAGCAUGGUGUGAAUAAUCCGUAUGCUUGUAUGACCAAGCCGACAACACUUGAUGAUAUCGCAACGCCUAAGAGGACUAUUUGCCACCCUAUAACGCUUGGUAUGUGCACUCUGACUGCUGAUGGUGGAGCUGCUGCAGUUGUCUGUAGUGAGGAGUUCGUCCGGGAAAAUGGUCUUCGCGAUAAAGCUAUUGAAGUGAUCGCACAAAAUUUAGUCACUGACUUGCCGUCGUCGUUUGGGGAAUAUUUCCGCGACGUUUGUGGUUACAGUAUGGCCAAGACUGCUGCAGCAAGAUGUUUCCGUGAUUCUGGGAUGGACAUGAGGGACGUGGAUGUUGUCGAGGUGCAUGACUGUUUCUCUUGCAAUGAGCUGUUCAUGUAUGAAGCAUUACAAUUGGCAGAGGAAGGAAAAGGUUGUGAUUUGUUUAAUAGUGGGAAGUGGAUUUUUAACCGUGAUGGUGGACAAGUAUACCAGAUGGGUGGACGCUGGGUCGUGAAUCCAUCUGGUGGAUUGAUAUCCAAGGGACAUCCUAUUGGUGCUACAGGUCUUGCUCAGUGCGCCGAAUUGGUAUGGCAGUUGAGAGGAGAGGCAGGAAAGAGACAAGUUGAUGGUGCUAAGGUAGGCUUGCAGCACAACUUUGGAAUUGGAGGAGCUGCAGUGGUGACCAUGUACAAGAAACCGGAGUGGGAUACAGCCGUUCUACCAAAAGCUAAGCUCUAGUUUUGCCUUAUAUAUGUAUCUGACAUGUUGAUCAGCGUAAUUGGCUCACCUGUGAGCCUUGACAAUGACGCAGUGUCCGUCGGCCGUCGUUAGACAUGGGUGGCACAUUUCAUUACCGCUCAAGCUAUUGAACUUUAACUUGGUACACAUGUACCCCUUGGUGACUGCUACUCAGAGUCCAAAUCGUGACCUCAUAUGAUUCAUGGUUUGGCCACCAGGGGGCCAAACGUCAGAAGUGAAAACAUGCGUUUUUUCCCUUAAUACUUGUACGAAAAAUUUGAAAAAAAUAUGGUAGGUACUUACAGCAAUGCUACAUCACAUAUCCUCCGGGGUUUUGAUUAGACUUACUUAUCAAGGUCACAGAGGUCAAAGU